CGCAUGUUUCACCGCGGAGGUAACACUCAGCGAGGCUAUUUCCUGCAUGGUAGCUGAAGACAGGGACAGUGCAUUUUAUUUGUGGGACUGAAAAUACAUCACAAAACAAUAGACUGGUCUAAGUUUAGACCACUUGAAACAGAUAGGAAUUUUCCCCCUUGUGAACUUAAAGAAUCUUGAGACAACUCGCGGAUUAGAGUUAGUAUAUCAUUAAAAGGGACGAUCCAAAAAUCGGAUUAGAUUGUUUUUCCGGCGAUUCUUUGAACAAUGCUAAAUUUCUUGUCUCUGUUUUGUGUCCAAAAACGAUUUUUGUCGAAGCUUGAUCCAAGAGGAUGGUUAUGAAAGGUUUUAAGAAUUAACCGUGUGGCAUCUAAAGGUUUAUAUUUGGGACAGUAACUCGGAUCAACAAAAAUGCAGCACGCAGGGCCCAGCUGACGAUCUGUCAACAACUGAACGACGUGAUUUAAUCAAAACAUUUUGCACUCUUAUCAGGACCAAACUUGGACAAACUCUUUGUAAUUUGGUUUCAAUAAGUGACCAUUUUCCAUGCCGAUGUCUGCUAUGACGUCAAACGGAAAGUCGAAGCCGACACCAGAAAUCAAACUCGCCGUCCUUGGACGAGCCGGUGUCGGCAAAUCGGCCUUGGUAGUAAGGUUUUUAACCCGGAGGUUCAUAUGGGAGUACGACCCCACGUUAGAAUGCACCUACAAGCAUGUCGCCACGGUAGACGACGAACUCGUUAAUAUGGAGAUUCUGGAUACAGCAGGACAGGUAGAAGCUUUACAGAGAGAGGGUCACAUUCGAUGGGCUGAUGGGUUUAUUCUUGUUUAUGCAAUAAAUGAUCGACAGAGUUUUGAAGAAGUGAUGAAAAUGAAGGACUUCUUAGACGAUAUAAAGAAAACAAAUGUUCAAUGUGUUUUAGUGGGAAAUAAAGUGGACUUAAUGCGUGAACGUGAUGUAAGCACAGCGGAAGGGAUGAAACUUGCAACAGAAAUGGCAUGCGCAUUCUUUGAGACUUCCGUUUGUGACGGAAAUGAAGAAAUAUAUGAACUAUUUUACGAAUUAGCACGUGAAGUGAAAAGACGAAAACUAAUAGAAAAUAAACCUCGACGACGAAGUUCAGCUCAACAAGUGAAGCAAGUCUUUACGAAAAUGUUUAAUACAAACAAGCAGACAAACAGACAGAGUUCUAUGUGAUAUUAUAAUAUUUAUUUCCAAUGUGAAUACCAUAUUCCAGUCAGACAAAAAAUCUCAAAAAACCACAAGGUGUGUUUGUUAUGAGUCACCCGGAUUAUUUAUGAAAAAACUGCAUGUAUACUUUAUAAUCAUCUAUCGCAAGAUUUCUUACAAUAAUAUCUGUUGCAAUUGCACUUUACAUCAUCUGGCAUUACCAGAUGUUACCCAGGUGUCACGUGAUGGUGUGUGACGGAGUGUAAUUGACGUUCGUCAACCAAUUUCACGCGUCACUUAUAUAUCCAUGACGGUUACGAACUUUACAUUGUAAAUGAAUCUGUUUGUGAUAACAAGAUAAAAGUACUUUUAUAUUAUGAAA